CUCUCUCUUUCUCUUUAAUUCCUCUUUUCACUUUCAGAGUCUACUUUCUCUCUUCCUUUUUUUUUCUCAUUUUUCACUCGUUCUUUUUCCAGUGAGAACAUGUGGAGAUCUUGGGUGGAUCGUAUCAAUGCAACGAACAAAGAGUCGGAACAAUCGAGCGACGUGGACGUCCCCGCCGUGUCCCCAGAAGUACUGCAACGACGCGAGCAGGAACAUAAUGAAUUGCGUCAACUUUUGUCACAAGCACUCGAUCCUCGUAUCGACGAAAAGGAGAGCUCCGACUUGUUCCUCCAGGAAUUCCUGCCAAAGUUUUGUGCCAUUUGGGAAGCACACAAGGAAGACCAUGUCUUCGCAGCUAUUGACGAUGCACGUAGCUUUAUAGCCAAAUUGACUCGCUCCUUAUUAGGAGGGAUUCGACGGGUACCUGAGCAGAAAAGCAAAGGCGAAUCAAGUCAAGUGCUGAUGGAUAAUCUUCGAUCACGGUCGCAUAUGUAUAAUAUCAUUCGAACCAUCCGUGUGGUUGCUCAUGGUCCAGAUACGCUGGUCGAUUUGAUGCUCCAACAACGAAUACCUUCAGUCAUCAUCAAACUCUUUCGAUCGUUCAUUGACUUACCACCAGAAUACUAUAACAGCAAUGCCGUUCCAGAUGAAGCUAUAUCAUCAUCUGCUAGCAAUGAAGAUUCUGACGGUGACAACGUUGACGACGACGAUGACGACAGUGAUAUGGUAUAUUUUGACGAGGCAGGCAUUGUUGUGACGGAUACUUUGAAGCGAUUUGCACAGAAUCGAUCGGUUGUACGACGUUUGAUUGCGGAAGAUACAUUUUUCAUGAUGGUUCGGCUUAUUUCCGUUAAACCAGCAGACUGGCCGCAGCUUAGCAGUAGUAGUGAUGAUGUUUAUAAUGACGAUACGACAUCAAGCUCAUCAUCGCCAGCAACGUCAUCAUCGUCAUCGGCUGUGGAGCCAGCAUACAUGAUAUGGAAACGAAGAGCAUUAGACGUUUUGAAACUAGUUCCCAUGACAACUGAAGUGUCCCAAUAUUUGAAAUCUCGACGAUGUUUGGAUAUGAUGAUACAAGCGUGGAAUGACAGUAUUACCAAAGGAAAGUUGGGAUUAAUCGAUAUGCGGGAGGAUCUAAUAGCACUCGAUUUGGCCACAUAUCAGCUCAAGGCCUCGCUAGAAGCCGAUUAUCACGUCUUAUAUGACGACUUCAAUCAUGGCAAGGCAUGGGAUACAUUGACCUCAGUUGUAUUAGCUACACCAGCAAAUAGCAAAGUGGCAGAAUUGAAGAUUGAACUGAUUGACGCUAUCGUCAGAUUAACCUAUAUUGGCAAAGAUCGAAGCUCACCAACACUCUCCGAAGGUUUACCAUAUCAACAUCCUGACUUCAUCUUUCCCAAACCGGAUAAAGAUACUGAUAAAAACGUCUCUAAUACUCAUGCAUUCCAAUUGUUGCUCGAUGCAUUUACAUAUCCACAUACCCCUCAACGACUCACUGCUGCUGCUGGACUCAACAGAACUCAACUACCCAAAGAUAUCCGCCGAAAACUAUUUAUGGAGAUGAAGCAGAUCAUCCAAAUGAGUGCAGUCAAUUAUUUCACUUUGGAACGUACCAAUGUAUUACCGCUACUGAUUGAAUCCAUGGAACUUUAUGACACUGAUAUCCAGAAUGGAAUUAUGGAUGUACUUGUCUAUGUCAUCAAAGAUCUCAAUUUUGUUCCGCUCAAGGAACUUGCUGUAUUAUCACUCCAUUUCCAAAGUAGUUCAACAGGAAACCUGGUGGGGUUAAUAUGUCAACGGUUUGCUGGUUUAUUAAGGGAUUUCCAAAAAUUCCGCGUUGUUGUACGAGAAGCAGGAAUUCUCAACGUGUUGAGUCUCAUGUUGACAGACUUGACAGAUGGAUUAAAUGAUGAUGCAGAAGAAGGUGAAGAACAACAUGGGCAACAAACGAAACAACGAGAGAAUAAAGGCUUUGUACAACGCGUCAGCCAAGAUUUCGACGAUAUUGCAGGUUGUUUGGUGGAAAUCUUUAAAGAUCCGUCCAACUUCGUGUUCUUUCAGAAAACAUAUCGCGGCAACCUAUUUGAUCUUUUACGGUAUACACAAACACGAAAAGGGAUCUUGCGCGUUAUCGAAUGCUUUCCUACCACCGCAGUGAUCGCUGAUAACAGUAUCACAUCACCGACAUCACCAUCUGCAGCCGGCAGCAGCGUCCUUCCCACUAUGGACAUUGAGACAUCCUUUAGCAAAUUAAUUGAAGCUGUCCAGUCCAUACCGCGCGACGAUUUGGAUUUCAGACGUCAGAUGUUAUUGGCGAUGAAUCGGAUAUUUACGGCACAUCCAGCGACUCGUGAUAUUUUCCGGCAAUCGGGCGGCUAUGUCACUUUGAUAUCCAUGAUUGUCGCUUUGGAAGGUGCCUUUUUGGACCCAGCAAACUAUUGUGUCGAUGCGACUACGGAUCAGCUGUUGAAUAUUUUGCAAGCAAUAUUCCAUGUGCUUGCAACGUCAAUGCGAAAUAAUGAUAUCAACAAACAGUUUUUCAAGUCACAAGUCGGCUAUGCUGCGCUCGAAAAUGCAUUGGAAUUGACAGGUGCCCUGGCUUCGAAUGGUGUACCACGUCAUGUGUUUGGCAUUUUGUUUGCCUUCGCGGUCGAUCAUGACGGUCACAUGAAUGAAUUAUUUGUCCUCAAAAAAGAGAACAGUGACAACAAUAAUCAGCAAGAGCACCAGCAGGAACUCGCACAUCAAGUCGAGCGUGUUUUGAAACAAACAUCCGUAUCUGUAGCCAAUCCCGAAAUAACGACCACUAUCUUAAAUCUUCAAAAAUCUAUAUCAUUUGAUCCAGAGCUGUCUGGAGCCAUCCUUAGUGGCAUCUACUCUCUAGCACGGUGCAGUCGACGCAACCAAGUCAAACUGAAUCGAUGCGGUGUCAUUCUCGCUGCCCUAAACCGUAUAUUACCCCUGGAUGAAGAGCAACACCAGCAAGAUAGCAAUCGGUUACAACACGAAAAUCAAAUCCUUUUGCAAGUCAUCAAAAAACUCAUGACGAUGGGCAUCAGCUAUGAAGAAAUGCGACAUAUUUUCCGCGGGUUUGGGGCCCGAGGGUCCUUUGACAACAUGCACAAAGAUGUGGGCAAGCAUCUAAUGAAUCUGAUCUUGGAUGGUGCGAGCCGGAGCCGAUGGCCCAACUUUAUUCAGUUCGACAUGAGCUCCAGUGGAUAUGCAUGUUUAGAGGUGCCUAGUAUUCCUAACUUCCCACCGUCGACGCCAGGCUAUACGUUGAUGGCAUGGUUCCAUAUCGAGCGUAUGGAUGAACAUGUGCCAUUGACUUUGUUGACACUUUUGGACAGCGACAGCAACGCUGUAUCAAGACUGUUGAUUGACCCUACAACACGACGACUCCAGAUCCACCAAGUCCACGUCAAGCAAACGGUCGAAUUGACAGCUUUCGAAUUCCAACCUGGGUAUUGGUAUCAUAUUGGCAUUGUCCAUCAACGAGCACGACUUGGUCUAAAUCUAAGCAGCAUAACACUGUUUGUCAAUGGUGCAUGGGUCGAACAAGCACGAAUAUCAUAUCCAUCCCAUCCACCCGGCAGCUUACGUGCAAUCAUUGGCACGCCACGUGACCACCGACAAAUGUCAACAUUGAUAUGGGAUCUGGGGCCGAUCUAUCUUGUCGAUGAAACACUCGAGGACGAUGUUUUGAUUCUGUAUUUUAAUCUCGGUGCACGGUACAAAUCCAUGUUUCAAGACGCAUUACGGCAAUUUCAGACCUACGAGGCAUCCACAACGUUGUUUUUGAGCUUGCGGGCCAUGACCAAAGCGUUUAGUCGACGUGAUAUGGACCAAAGCUUACUCGCGAAUGUCAUGCGGGGUGCCGGGAGCGCAUCAGUUCAGGAAAGCAAGUUUGUUUUUGCCUAUAUUGCGUGUAAUACGUUAAUGGAAGGACCACAUACCGGAUUGACGUGUACAGGUCUCUCGAACGCCGCUCAGCAGUUGAUCGCAGCUUCUAACAAACAGGCACAGCUCGUGUUGAAUGCGGCCAUCCCUAAAGUUGAAGCAGCAUUGACGUCGCCUCGAGCCAUGGGUUAUCUGGAUGGUAAUCCAGUUGUAGCGUAUCCUUAUGGUGUGGAUGAAUCGCUUUGGCGUAUUGGUGGCUCAGCUGUUGCUUUAACACUUGUUGAGCGAUCUGAGACGUCGGAGAUGUUGUUUAAGGCUGUCAAGGUGCUAUGUGAAACCAUUCGUUACUCGUGGCGAAACUCAGAGGAUAUGGAACGGUGUCAUGGAUACGAAAUUCUGGCGUAUGUGCUCAAGCAAAAGCGUGAACUGAUUACGGUCGACAUGAUGGAGGAGCUCUUGAUGUUUAUUGGAAAAGAUCCGCUCCAUCCAGAAGAAUCACUGAUCAACAACCCAUUCGCUUACCGAUACGUCAUUUUGAACUUUGAAGUUUGGAAAAAGACAAGUGUAGAUGUCCAAAAGGCCCAUUUAGACCAGUUUACUUUGUUCCUGCGCAGUAGCAAACGGCGUCAUUUCAACUUGAAGCGACUACAAAAGUUCCAUCUUGUGAAACGUAUGCUUCUUGCGUUCCGAAUGCAUAUUUACUCCAAGGAGCUGACACCAGAGGUUGUUACUGCAUUAAAAACAGUAACACUGUGCAGCUGGAACACCGAAAGCAUUCGUGCGAUUGCUACAUUUUUGGCAUCUACUGUGUCGAAAGAUGUAGCAAAUGGAGGCGAACGCAACGGACACCACCAGCAACGUAAAUUUAGCAACAUCGUCACGAACUUUACAAACGGCAAUGGCAAGGAAAAUCCUGAUAUCGGCGUCACUCCAGCACUUAUUACGGAUGCUAAAACAUGUAACAACAAUCACACAUCCAAAGCUGUGCAAAUGCGCAAUGUGGUGCUUGAAAUGCUGCACGAUAUUCUCUGCGGUCCCAAUGAGCACAAGGACCUGGUUACCAAGUUUGCAGCCACCAUUACCAAUCGGUGGCCAUUGUUGUUCUUUGGACCGGAUCUACAUCCAUUCUCGGUCGUGCUUGUUGCGCGUAUACUAGCCCGUAUUCUGGUCACACAAGGACCUGGCUAUGUGACCAAGUUCCGCACAUCGUCUGAAGGAUUCUUGAUUUUGUCUCGGUUGCUACCUCGUUAUUGGUCGUUGACACAGUUGCAUGAAACGUUGAUCGUGGCCAUGAUGGGUAUUGAUAUUUCGCAGUUCCCGAUGCAUUCGACAUUUGAUAUUCAGCAUAUCCGAGCGUGUGUGUUACAACAACAACAGCAGCAGUCCGCAAUUCUGAUUCCGGAUCUUAUGCCGAUCAUUGUGGCGUUGUGGCGCCAGGGAUUGCAUACUGCCGUUCAGCCGCUGCUUGUUGAUACUCAAGAUGAUGAAACAGCCAAAUAUACCAGCAAGGUUCAAGACGAAUUUGUUCAGUUUUUCGAAGAGCUUUAUAAAGCCAGAUCUGACUUUCGCGACAUUUGUUGCAAGUCAGAUGUGAUUGACUGCAUGUCUGGAAUUUUGUUCCCUUCAGUGACCCAGUCGGUCAUGACGAGUGUAGCAGAUGAGUUAACGAUGGCUGAUGGAUCGACACCAAUAAGCCCGUCAUCAGUUGGCAGUACACCAAGAAUCUUAACGAAUAACAUUGACCCGUACUUUCCCGACGAGCCACAAGAGAUUGUGGAUUCUGCGCCGAGCAUUAUUCGGCGCGGUGGAUCCUCCGCCAUUGCAACCAAGACUUCACCUCAUUCGACUAGGAGAUUGGGUGCAAUGAUCACCAAGCUGAGAACGGGAUCAUCAGACUCAACUGGUUCACCAAACAGUAUGGCGGUGCUAAAGGAUGAUACACUUCAGACUUUGUUGGAAUUCGUCGUCAACAUCAGCGUCCAAGCUAUCACCGAUCCCCUCAACAAAAUCAUGACUGGAUUAUUGCUGGUAUUGACUGCAUGUCCUCCCACGACUGAAGAUGCACAGACUCGAUACGAAAGCUUCUUGAUGGUCCAUAUUGCCCAAAGUCUCAAGAGCACGCUCCAAUUUGACGAGAAUUUGCUUGGAGAUGGUCGCGUUGUUAGCAACGUGGCUCGAUUCUGUCAAAUGGCCGCUGAUGCUGUGCUUCAAGGACGCUUUACCAAUGGUGCAGAACAGACCUACGAUUUGUUAGCAUCUGUCAUUGAAAGCUUACAUACGAGCGAUUUCUUUGCACGCCACAAGACCAGUUCUCAGACUAUCAACGAGUUAUACCGUUCCUUUAAUCGAAUGAUUCUGCUCAAAAUCUCGGAUUUAGAACAAGGAAACAUGGCAGCUGAUCAGAUCAUUGCUUUCCUCAACUAUUGUAUCCACCAUCAAAAGAUUAUUCUUAGCACGCGCAACACAGAUAUCAACUUUUUGAAGUGCUUCUGUUAUCAUCUCUAUCAGUUCUUGCUGGUAGAUGAUGACCUAGUGAAAAACGAUGCAGCUAACAUUUGGAAGUUGCUUGUUUUGCAAAAACCAGAUGUACUGGAUUCGCUGUUCAAGAUUCGCGCUAAGGGUGUCGAAAGCGAUGAAGUGAUUUCUGGUUUUAAACAAAUGCUCGAGAUGGAUACAAACUCAUUUUUCGUUUGGAUUGAAUCAAGAACACACGAGCUCAACCAUCUUUUUAAGGAGCACAUGUUUAAAACGUGGGAGAACAUUGUCUUGCACGAGAAUCGAUACGCACAAGAAAUGCUUAAAGAUCAGCAAAUACGGCGUAUUGCGAAGUUGCGCAAGUUACAGAAACGAGAAGUUCAUGAGGACCAGCUUUUGCGUGAUUAUACUGUCAAGACUGCAACGUGGUCAGAGAGUAUCCAGGAAGUGGAAAUGAGUCGCUUCACAAAGGCACUGCAAGACAACGAUGGUCACGACAACUUUAUUCAAAGUGAAUGGGCCAGAUUGGCAGCUGAUUUAUUCCGUGAGCGUGGUCUAUGGGGCCCUGAACCUAAGGACAAUAAAGCAUCGAAAUGGCGAUUGGAUUAUACCGAGGGCCGUCAACGUAUGCGCAAAAAAAUCCAAAGGAUCGCAGAUACCCAUCCUCAACAAUACAAACCAAAACAUACUACUACGUCAACAGCAAGUAAACGCGCUUCUGCUUCUUGUGCACCAAAGGCAUCAAAUGAAAUGGCUGCUGUUGGUCCAGACAAUGAUACAAAACCAUUAAUUGAUCUCGAGGAGGAUGAUAUGAUCGGUAGUCCACAAGUUGGCAGGCCAGAACAAAAAGAACAACGCGCUACUGUUCCUGAACAAGAUGUCGAAGACCAGCAACUUGAACAAGAAGAAAAAAUUGCAUAUGAGGAGGACAAAAAUCGUAAGGUCUUGCGCCUGCUAGAUUAUGGUGACAUGGUACUAGAUGUAUACAAUGUCAGCCAAAUAGCUGGUUUAGAUGCUCGAGAGGGACUGUUACUUCUUUGCAAGCAAAACAUCUAUUUGGUUGACAACUUUUUCCAGCGCAGAGACGGCGAAGUUGUUGAAAUAUGGGAUGUACCCAAAGAAGAGCGUGAUCAGUAUUUGAUUCUUCUUGCACAAGCAGCAGGCAUGGAAACAGAAUCAACUACAGACAUGUCUGGUGACUUACAUGCAUGCCGCAAGUGGAGCAAUGUUGAUAUCAAGGAGGUUUAUAAGCGGCGUUUUCUAUUCAGAGAUGUUGCUUUGGAAAUCUUCUUUGGUGAUGGUCGAAACGCGCUAAUCACUGUUGCCAAGGAAGAACGGGAUGAGCUCUACAGCAAGCUUGCUAGCCGGGUAUCGCUUUAUGAGCGCCCCUCUGACUCCAUCCUUGGAACUUCUGCAGAAAUGGAAAUGGCAAGCGGAUCAUUCAAGUUAUCCAAUUUAUUCGGAAGUUCUACGUUGACCGACUUGACCGCCAAAUGGGAACGUCGCGAGAUUACUAAUUUCCAGUACCUUAUGUAUCUAAAUGCAAUCGCUGGUCGAUCAUACAAUGACUUGACACAGUAUCCAGUAUUCCCAUGGAUUCUGGCAGAUUAUGAAAGCAGCGAGCUUGAUCUCACGAAUCCGAGUAGUUUUAGGGAUUUAACCAAACCAAUGGGCGCACAAACCCGUGAACGACGAGUCGAGUUUGCGGAUCGAUAUAAGCAGUGGGGAGAGACAAACAAUCCUGAUCCUGCAUUCCAUUAUGGAACCCAUUAUUCAUCUGCGAUGAUUGUAUGCUCGUUCCUUAUUCGAUUAGAACCAUUCACUCAGCAUUACCUCAACCUACAGGGUGGCACCUUUGAUCAUGCAGAUCGUCUUUUCGAUUCAGUAGGGAAGGCUUGGGAAUCUGCAUCAGAGAAAAAUAUGGGUGAUGUCCGCGAAUUGAUCCCUGAAUUCUUCUAUCUACCCGAGUUCCUGGAAAACGUCAACAAAUUUGACUUUGGCGCAAAGCAAGGCACAGGCGAGACAAUUGACUCUGUUUUACUACCCCCGUGGGCUAAUGGCGAUCCAAAGAUUUUUGUCCAGCGUCAUCGUGAGGCGUUGGAAAGUGAUUAUGUCAGUGAGAAUUUGUGCCAUUGGAUCGACUUAAUUUUCGGUCAUAAGCAACAAGGUCAAGCGGCCAUUGACGCCCUGAACGUUUUUCAUCAUGUGUCUUAUGAGGGCGCUGUUGACCUGGACUCCAUCACCAAUGUCGUCGAGAAAACAGCCACGAUUGGUAUCAUCAACAACUUUGGUCAGACACCACGCCAAUUAUUCAAAAAACCCCAUCCAGCCCGACAGCCUGCCAAUAGUCACUCGAUUAUGGAUCGUAUCCAGGUGAAUUCACAAAGCAUGAUCCAGUCGAUCGUUCCUAUUCGUGACAUCAAACGACAAGUUGCCGAGAUUGGCGUUUUCAAUGAGCGGCUGGGUGUCACGUCAUGUCAGCAAAGGUUUGUGCCUUCUGAUGGCACUCGAUAUAUAGAAUGGGGAUUCUCGGAUAACAGUCUCCGAUUACUAUCAACUGAUUCUGGCAAGCUUCUUCGAGUGUUUGAAAAUAUGCAUAUGGGAUAUGUCAGCACGGCUUGCUUUCCAGAUAGCCGUAUACUGGCAACUGGGAGCACUGAUGGCACUGUGUGCAUGUGGAAAGUCAAACACGAGAAAGCCAUGGAUUUCACAUUGUUAGAAUGCUUGCGCGGUCAUUCCUCUUCAGUUGUGUCUUUAGCAGCUUCUAGAUCUUAUAGUGUCCUUGUCAGUGGCUCUAAUGACAAAACCGCAAUCAUUUGGGAUCUGAAUCGUAUGGAGUAUGUGCGGACAUUACAAGGUCAUGAUGGUCCUGUAGAUACUGUUCAAGUGAACGAUUCUACUGGCGAUAUCAUUACCUGCUCUGGACAUACUUUGCGCGUAUGGACCAUCAAUGGCGAUCUCUAUCUGACCAAAUCGGCAUGUCCAAGUUCUGAAGCUAUUCUCUCUGCUGUAUAUUAUGAAGGAACCCUGAACGAAUGGUGUAAGAAUGACUUCCUUGUUACUGGUCACAGACGAGGUAUCAUUAAGUUCUGGAGUAAAGAGCUUGUCAAAGAUAAGAACGGCAAGGCUCAAUGGGGACUAGUUUUGAAACGACAAAUCCAGCACCAUGAUCAUUCAAAUGGAGAACCUGAUAUUACAGCACUUGCUUUUGCUGGAUCAAGCAAGCGAACAUUGCUGACUGGCAAUAGCUACGGAGAGGUGUAUACAUUUGUGGCACCCGACUCUACUGACACCUUACACUAUGUACGAGAUGACCGACAUAAAGAUUGCAUGCUUUGUAGGCGUGCAUUUUCCGUACUAGAACGGAAAUAUAAUUGUCGUACUUGUGGAGCCGUUAUUUGCUCCAAUUGUAUCGUAAAUCAUCAUCAGUUUUCACAUGACCGCCUGGUCCGUAUAUGUAAAAGCUGUUCUGAAAAGUUACCAAACACCACCCCAACUACCACUAGCUAAUAUAUUUGAUUUUCUUCCCUGAUUUUUAUCACUAUUCCAAUGACUACGUAUAUAUACUAAACAUAUGCAUCAUAUUGCGACCUUUUGAA